UUAUUGGCAUUCACCAUCGCAUCUCUCUUACUUCUCAUACUCGGCCUUACAGUGCCUGACAUUCCCUCAUUUGUACUAUAACGUGGAUAUUAAUCCUUCACUAUCACCUUGAAUCCUCCAGAGACCUGGCCAUAAGGUCAUCGACAAAUACCUCCCACACAUCCAUUGCAUGAAGUAUCAACAAACAAUCAUUAUCCAUCUUAAUAUCAUCCAAGCAUCUAUCUGGGGAGGGCUUGCUCGGAAAGGGCUCGGGAUUCUCACAGACUAUGAUGGUGCAAUCCCUUAUAAUGCGCUUUGGGCCAAUUUUGCUGCGUGUUUAGUACUAGGAACUGUUUCCAAAGUCAAGAAGACUCCGUUCAUCAUAGGAGUUUCCACUGGAUUCUGCGGAACCCUCUCGUCAUUUUCGGCCCUUGUACUAGAGUUGUUCUACAGCUCUGCCAAUGUGUCCGUGGGUAUCAGAUACGAUCUCCCGACCAAAGGAUAUGGAGUACUACAGUUUUUGUCAGUUCUUCUAGUGGAAAUGGGGGUAUCAAUUCUAGGAUAUCACUUCGGGUUGCACUUGUCCCCAAUGUACCCGUUAAAUGAACAGCACCACGAGCCACUAUCGUACAUAGGAGCAGUUUUAGGAGCAGCAAUGCCAGUUAUCACGGUGGUGUUACUCGCUAUCAACCCGUUAUAUGACUCAUGGAGAGCAUGGGUGUUUUUGAUUUUAUUUUCCCCCAUGGGGGCACUCUUGAGAUUCCAUCUAGGAAAACUCAACCGUCCCAAGUUUCCAUAUGGUACAUUUACUGCCAACGUGACGGGAUCAAUACUAAUUGCAGUCUUUGCUCUCCUCACAAGAGCUCGCGUUUCCAAGUCUGACCACUCCGGAUUAAUAACCAGUUAUAUAGGAUGUCAAGCCCUUUCAGGCCUACAAGAUGGAUUAUGUGGAGCCCUUACAACCAUUAGUACAUUCGUUAGUGAGUUGUUCUCACUUGGACCAAAAGAAUCAUAUCUUUAUUCAAGUGUUUCAAUAACAGUCAGUUUCGUGCUCCUCCUUCUCAUUUUAGGGCCAUAUACUUGGACAGUGGGUUUAAGCGAUCCAAUUUGUGGUUACAGCUAGAGAACAUCACUUACUUGCCAGCACACAACUGGCACUUAAAUUACCAACUUCCAUAUCCUAUCGGAAAGCUUAUCGAGAAACAGGAAAGAAUUCCCCUGUCGCUUAUUACCUUAUGCGGAAGGUCCAACAAGCCAAUCGCACUACACUUAUUAAUAAUUGUUGUUCCUCUCAUCUUAAUUUUCACUCCUGGCAAUGUAUAUUCCAGACAAAUAUGAUGCUCCUGAAUGGGAACAACAAAAAUCCAUCAUUAAAGAGUACCCAUUGGCGGUAUUGAUAACAUCCACAGAAGAUGGCAUCAUCGCAAAUCAUAUCCCUUUUAAUUUGGUCGAGCGGGACGGGAAAAAAAUCCUUCAAGCCCACUUAGCUAAAGUCAAUCACCAAUUGCCUUCUUUAAAGGAUAACGACAAGGUUUGUGUGGUGUUUCUGUCAUCUGAUGCGUAUGUCACUCCAAGUUACUAUAAAACCAAAGAAGAGACUCAUAAAGUGGUUCCUACCUGGCUUUUCGCAGCCGUUCAUUGCUAUGGUAGUUCCACCUUAAUUGAUGAUUUCGAUUUUAUCAAAAAGCAGCACGAGUCGUUGACCGACCAAGAAGAGGCUGGUAGAGAAAAGCCGUGGGCUAUUGAUGAAGCCCCGGAAAAGUAUUAUAAGAUUAUGCAGAAAGCCAUAAUUGGCCUCGAGAUUGAAAUCACCAAGAUCGAGGGAAAGUUCAAGUUUGAACAGAAGAUGAGAAGAGAGGAUAUUGAUGGGGUGAUCACUGGUUUGGCCCAGGACAACAUCCCCCGUGUUUCUAAGUUUGUGGAAGACUCCAAUAAGGCGUAAAUAUAGUAUGGUAUAAUAUAUGUAUGUAUUAAUAGAUGCUACACUUCGGGGAGGUUUCUUUUUCUAUUUAAUGCUUGAGUGCUUUGGGUACCAUUAGUAUACCUAGGUAUUGUUCUUGGUUUGGUGGCCCCAUAGUCGGAGGCGUUCAACGAGCCAGCUCUUUGGAACAAUUUUUGGGAGUUUUGGGGGAUAAGGUGAUCUCUUUCAUUAAGCAUAUCAUCAUCAGUUUCGUAUCCUCCAUCGUAAUUAUGACUGGGGUCCUCAUCUAAAUCGCUUAUCCUCAUAUAGCCACCUUCUUGGUAAGGCUCAAAGGGAUUCUUGGGCGUGUCAUCUGAUUUUCCACUCAAACAGAACAUUACCAUGAAUAGGAGAAU